CGGGCGGGAUGCGGAGUCGCUCCGGAGGCCGUGUGACAUGGUUGCCCCCGCACGCCGCAGACGCGGGCUACGAGUUCGACGUGUGCUUCACGUCGGUGCAGAAGCGCGCGGUGCGCACGCUGUGGAUCGUGCUGGACGCCGUGGACCAGAUGUGGCUGCCCGUGGUGCGCACCUGGCGCCUCAACGAGCGCCACUACGGCGGCCUGACGGGCCUCAACAAGGCGGAGACGGCCGCCAAGCACGGCGAGGCGCAGGUCAAGAUCUGGCGGCGCUCCUACGACAUCCCGCCACCCCCCAUGCUGCCCGACCACCCCUUCUACGCUGCCAUCAGCAAGGACCGCCGCUACGCUGACCUGACUGAGGACCAGCUGCCCACCUGUGAGAGCCUGAAGGACACCAUUGCCCGUGCCCUGCCCUUCUGGAACGAGGAGAUUGUCCCACAGAUCAAGGAGGGCAAGCGGGUGCUGGUGGCUGCCCACGGCAACAGCCUGCGUGGCAUUGUCAAGCACCUGGAAGGCAUGUCGGAGGAGGCCAUCAUGGAGCUGAAUCUGCCCACGGGCAUCCCCAUCGUGUACGAGCUGGACAAGAACCUAAAGCCCGUGAAGCCGAUGCAGUUCCUGGGUGACGAGGAGACUGUGCGCAAGGCCAUGGAGGCCGUGGCUGCGCAAGGCAAGGCCAAGAAGUGAGGGCAGCUCCAUGGCAGAGUUGUCCCCCCUUCCCACCCCCGCGCACACCACCCGCAGCCUAGGAACACCACCUCGGAGCCUGGUGCGAGGGGCUUCCCGGGACCACCUGGACCAAGCCGCCCCCACACCUGCCCGGGCCCUUUAGCCUACUUUGAGCCAGUGUUGGAGUCGGAGCGACCCCGGCUCCCCUGGGCAGCUCUGGCCCCACCCUCCUGUAGUCCUGCUGCUAGACUCCCUGUGCCUGGCCUGGGGCAGCCCUGCUUGUGCCCCAGCCACAGCGCCUGGGAUUCCUCACGGUUACAUUCCCAGAGCCCAGAGCUGCUUUGCUGCCCCCCACCCUCUAGGACCCCUGUGCUCCUGGCAGCUCCUGGGCCCCGCGUCACUGUCCAGCCAUCGCAGCAUCUUGUGUCUGUACAAUAAAGGAGUGAUGUGCAAUA